UCCUCCCUAAAUUUUCCCACCACCCACCGUACCAUACCACAACGUGUGAUUACACAAGUUAUCCCACUUAAAGUUCAAGCUUAGACUACAAAAAAGAGCUAUUUUACUAGUAAUCAACAUGCAAGCGUUGCUCCAGCGAUGCUCCUCGGUCGGAGCAAAGGUCGGAAUCCGACAGCUUUCAUCCAACACGGCUGCGAUCGUAAAAAUUCAUCGUUCCCUGUACGCUCGCCGCUAUCCCACUAUGGUGGUGCUCCCCAAUGGGGCCACCAUCAACAUCAAUUACCACGAGCCCCGGCGGAUCAUUAAGCUUCCACUCGAUUUGAGCACUCUAACCGAGGCCGAACGAAAAGCGCGGUUGGAGAAACGAAAACCCCGGCAAAAGAUUCAAAUCCAGGACGAGGUUGAGGACAACUUCAACGCCCGGAAGUACGUUAAGUUUAUGAAGAAGGAAUAAUUUGAUUAUUUUUUCAGUUUUGGAGAAAAUUGGUUCAAAUGAAUAUAAGGAUGUCACAAGA